GCCAGCCUACAGUUGCUCCACACCAGUUGUUCCCCACACGUCUUCCACUCAUCACAAACACAAGCCAAGGACGAAGGCAGGCAGGCACGCACGCGUACACUCCGACACACACGCUCCAGGCGCAGGACUUGAACACUAGCUAGAACGGUUCCGAGGGAAGCCGGGGAUCCUCACGCAUCACAACGUUGUCCAAUAUGGAGCUUUUCGAGACCAACCCGUACUUCUUCCCAGACCAACGCUUUUACGAAGGAGGAGACAACUACUUCCCCACUCGUCUGCCCGGGGCGUACGACCAAGCCGGCUUCCAGGACAAGAAUUCCGUCAUGGGCUUGUGCGGGACUCUCUCCGGGGGCGUCGGGGUGAUUCAAACGGAGGAAAAACCUUCACCGUCCGGCCUGUCGUCCCAUUCCGAGCCCCACUGCCCGGGUCAGUGCCUGCCGUGGGCCUGUAAGCUGUGCAAACGGAAGACGGUGACCAUGGACCGCAGGAGAGCGGCCACGCUGAGGGAAAAGAGACGCCUGAAGAAGGUCAACGAGGCUUUUGAAGCUCUGAAGAGGAGCACCCUGAUGAACCCCAACCAGAGGCUGCCCAAAGUGGAGAUUUUGAGGAGUGCCAUUCAGUACAUUGAAAGGCUUCAGGCCCUGGUGUCCUCCUUCAACCAGCAGGACACCGAGAUGGGGCACUAUCGGGCCGGACAGAACCAGCCUCGAGUGUCGUCGUCAAGCGAACCCAGUUCGGGCAGCACCUGCUGCAGUAGCCCCGAAUGGAGCAGCACCCCGGAGCAGUGCACGCAAAGCUACAGCAGCGAGGAUCUUCUGAGUGCUGCCGAUUCUCCCGAGCAGGCCACCAUUCAGACCCUGAGCUCCAUUGUGGAGGGCAUGGCCGCAGCAAACGCGGCAGUGACCUUUCCUAUGGACAUUCCCAAAUAAGAACUUCCACAGAGCAGAUCCAGAGGAAGAACCCUGUGCCUCAGAUACAAAGCUAUGAGACGAUUGGAAAAGCGGGCUGUUAUUUCCAUAUUUAACUCACACCUCACCUUGAUGGUUACUAAUGUUUCAAAGGGUCUGCUAGACAAAAUGAAUUCCACUUUUGGCCUUAUGUCCUUUAUUCCCUGCCUUAAACCACAGUCCAAGUUGGAAGCCUGCAGUUGAAAAGACUUUGCAUGAACAAGGCCUAGUUUCUUUCCUUACUUAAUUUAAGCUUUCCUUUUCCAAACCUUUCCUUGAUCUUUCAUUCUUGUUUUGUGUGUGUUUUUAUGCAAACAAAGAACCAUGAUUUUAUUUGCGGGGCCAACUUGUACCAUGGCAGUUUUGACCAAGAUCUGCUUAAUGUUAAACUGGUUACAAAUGCCAGUGAUGUAAAUAUGUUCCCUUUUCUACAGAGUGGUUUUGCCAGUUUAUUUUGUAUUUCUUUUUUUUGCUAAUUUAUUUUUGACUUUUAUAACUAAGAUUGUUGUGUAUUUUAGAUGUUUGGAAAUGUUACGUUUCCUGACCAGUCCUUGCAAUAAAGACCAUUUUGAAUACAACAAA